AUCUCUUGUUUAUUACAGAGACAUGGCUUACGGACAAUAUCCUCGUAUUUUUUAUUCCGCCAAGAUCGAAAGGAGCGUCGAGGUGGUGGAGUAUGUUGUCUGGUUAGGGGCAACCUGUGUGUUCAUCGUGUUGAACAAGUCAACCCAAUCAAAGCCGACGUUCUCUGCCUGGAAAUUUUCAGUCCUCCUAAGGCCACUCAUUUCCGGUUCACCGUAGUGUAUCGUCCCCCGAACUCUACAAGGCGUGAAGACGAUGGUCUUGUUGAUGUUCUUCGUGAGAUGGUUUCCGCUCAGGUCAACUCUAUAAUUGUGGGCGAUUUAAAUCUACAGGUUGACUGGAAAAACCUACGGGCAGAUAACGCUUCCUCAGCUGCCUUUCUGGAUUUCUUCCAAGAAAGUGGUCUCGAACAACACGUCCUCCAACCAACGCAUGGCAGCAACACCCUUGACUUGGUAUUGUCCACUUCGCACAGCAUACAAAACGUGUCACUUCUUCCUCCUCUUGCAAAUUCCGACCAUGCCUCCGUUCGCUUCGAGUUACUGGAGGGGUUCAGUGAUGCUGCACUCCUCCCUACUCCUGAUUUUCUAAAAGUGAACUAUGACCGCCUAAAUGAGUAUCUUUCGAAUGUUGAUUGGCUUGGUCUAUUCAACAACUACGUUUCCAUGGACGACAUUUAUCGGAGAUUCUGCAAGACCGUCUACAAGGCGUUGACCUUAUUCGUUCCACUGAAGUUUCCUCAGCGUCGCCCUAUCAAGUAUCCAUUGCACAUCAGGAAUUUGUUGGCUCAGAAAGAACGCUUAUUUCGGAUCCUGGAUAAUCCCAUGAGUUGCCCGCUAUACAGGAAAGUUUGUAGGGAUGUGGAUUACCACUUAAAGAAGUUCGUAUCCAACCUUGAACGCCAUCUCGGCAACCAAGCUUCCUUAAAGCGUUUGCAUCAGUACGUUCGCCACACUGAAGGACCUAUGCUCAAGCACUUAGGUAAAUAUUUCGCCAGUGUUUUCUCAGCUCCAGUUUCUUCUACAGGAGUCCUGGAGUACGGUGCGGCUAGUUCUCAAAGCGGGGACUUUGAUAUUUAUUUCCACCCCAGAGAUGUCUAUGCAGUUCUGAAAAAACUUAAGCCUUCCCUCAGUGAGCCUUUUGAU